UGGUCUGCUUGAUUCUUCCUGAUCCUAGGGCUCUGGGAGACCAGAGGGGCCAUGCUGCAGUGGGGUGCUGUGAGUGGGUGUCUGAAGACCCAUAACUGGGGACCACAGGCUAGCACAGGACCUCCAGCCACUCGAUGGGGAUUCACAGAGGACCUCUUGUGUGUGUCACCUCCCCACCUCUCUGUAGCAAGAGAAGUGACUGCAGCGCCUCCACAGUCAUGAUGAUGAAACUGGUAUUAACUGAGUGGCACUUAUGGAUUUUUAACUCUAACUCACAGUGAGCCAGCAAGCCAUAUGUUUACAGUCCAACCAAAAACCCUUCUGUUUUGCUGCAUGUUUCCUGCGAUUGUGAGAAGUCGAGACGCCUACUUGUACAAAGAGGAUUAUAAGUGUUACUUGCUGAGGAACGCACCCAAAGCAGAACGAGAAGACGUCGUAAUUUAUCACUGAAGAGAUAUGAUAGUAUUAUUUAUAUAGAUAGAAUAAAUAAAUAUAUAUAUAUAUCUAUUUUUGGUGGUAAUGAAAAUGGCUCCGCAGAAUGCCGACUCAGAAUCUAUGCAAGUUCAGGAGUUACCUGUGCCCCUGCCGGAUCCACAGAAACCUGGAGAACCAGAGGCUGGGACCCAAGAUGAGACCUUCAGUGAGGGAUCCAUAGACAGAAUCCCCGUGCGCCAGUGGGUGAUGCACGGGGCAGUGAUGUUUGGCAGGGAGUUCUGUUACGCCAUGGAAACGGCAUUGGUCACACCUAUACUGUUACAGAUUGGCCUCCCGGAGCAGUACUACAGUCUCACCUGGUUCCUGAGUCCCAUCCUUGGCCUCAUCUUCACACCGCUCAUUGGGUCUGCGAGUGACCGGUGCACCCUGAGCUGGGGUCGCCGGCGGCCCUUCAUCCUCGCACUCUGCAUGGGCGUCCUCUUUGGCGUUGCCCUUUUUCUCAACGGCUCUGCCAUAGGUCUGGCCCUCAGCGAUGUCCCUACCCGGCAGCCCAUUGGCAUCGUCCUCACGGUGUUGGGAGUGGUGGUUCUGGACUUCAGCGCCGAUGCAACUGAAGGGCCUAUCCGCGCCUACCUGCUGGACGUCGUGGACAGCGAGGAGCAGGAUAUGGCUCUCAACAUCCACGCCUUCUCUGCUGGCCUCGGCGGGGCCAUCGGCUACGUGCUGGGCGGGCUGGACUGGACACAGACGUUUCUGGGAGACUGGUUCCGGACUCAGAACCAGGUGCUGUUCUUCUUUGCCGCUGUCAUCUUCACGGUGUCUGUGGCGCUGCACCUCUUCAGUAUCGAGGAGGAGCAGUACAGCCCGCAGCACGACCGCGGUGCAGAGGAGACCGCCCUGCCUGGGGCCAGACUCAGCUACACCGCAGCCCCCACCGCCCUCCUGAGUUCGCUCGGUGGGGGCCUGCAGGACGGGGGCCCCCUGUUCCCAGAUGAGGUGCAGUCGGAGCACGGGCUUCCCCUGGACUGCCUCGACGUGGACAUUGUGCGCAGCAAGAGCGACUCCGUGCUGCACGUGCCGGACGCCACGCUGGACAUGGAGCCCGAGCUGCUCUUCCUGCACGACACCGAGCCCUCCGUCUUCCACAAUGCCUCCUGCCCCAGCACGCCCCGGAGCACCAGCCAGGAGCUCCUGAGGGCCAAGCCGCCCCGCCUGUCCACGCUCCUCAGGGAAUCCAGGGAGGAGGACACCCUGCUCGAUAAUCACUUGAGUGAAGCCAAAGUCCCAAACGGGAGUGGCUCCCCGCUGAGGGACGCCCUCAGCAGCCACUCCAGGGUGGACACAAAGCCCUCAGCCUCGUCGGGCUCCAUGAGACGGCGCCGGCACGCGUUCCGCAGGCAAGCCUCCAGCACCUUCUCCUACUACGGCAAGAUCGGCUCCCACUGCUACCGCUACCGGCGGGCCAACGCCGUGGUCCUCAUCAAGCCAUCCCGCAGCAUGAGCGACCUGUACGACCUGCAGCAGCGCCAGCGCCAGCGCGGCCGGCACCGCAACCGGAGCGGGGCCACCACCUCCAGCGGGGACACGGACAGUGAGGAGGGGGAGGGCGAGACCACCGUGCGCCUGCUGUGGCUGUCCAUGCUGAAGAUGCCCAAGGAGCUGACACGCCUCUGCCUCUGCCACCUGCUCACCUGGUUCUCGGUCAUUGCUGAGGCUGUCUUCUACACCGACUUCAUGGGCCAGUUCAUCUUCAAAGGGGACCCCAAGGCUCCCUCCAACUCCACCUCCUGGCAGGCCUACAAUGCCGGCGUGAAAAUGGGCUGCUGGGGCCUGGUCAUCUAUGCUGCUACUGGUGCUAUUUGCUCAGCGCUGCUACAGAAGUACCUGGACAACUACGACCUGAGCAUCAGGGUGAUCUACGUGCUGGGGACGCUGGGCUUCUCCAUGGGCACCGCUGUGAUGGCUGUGUUCCCCAACGUCUACGUGGCCAUGGUCACCAUCAGCACCAUGGGCAUCGUCUCCAUGAGCAUCUCCUACUGCCCCUACGCCCUGCUGGGCCACUACCACGACAUCAAGGAGUACGUCCAGCACAGCCCCGGGAACUCCACGCGUGGGUUUGGCAUCGACUGCGCCAUCCUUUCCUGCCAGGUUUACAUCUCCCAGAUCCUGGUGGCAUCUGCCCUCGGGGGCGUGGUUGAUGCAUUGGGGACCGUCCGCGUCAUCCCCAUGGUGGCCUCCGUGGGCUCCUUCCUGGGCUUCUUGACAGCCACGUUUCUGGUGAUCUACCCCGAGGUGUCAGAGGAGGCCAAGGAAGAGCAGAAAGGCCUGUCCUCCCAGCCCGCUGGCGAAGGCGGGGGCCGCAGAGGCAGUGAGAAGCCCACAGUCCUGAAGCUCUCUCGGAAGGAGGGCCUGCCCCGGCCAGUGGAGACCGAGUCCAUGGUCUAAGUGCGCCAACGGACACUUAGACCGUUGCAGAGGAGACAGCAGGCCGGCCACACGAUUGUCCUUGCAGCACCUCGGGGUGGGGGGAGCCAGGGCUCCUCCCAGAGCACAGCCCAAGCUCAGUAGUCUAGGGUAGGUUUGAGCUAUUAGGCAAAAUACCACACGAAUUACUUUUUCCACAAUUAAAAAAAAUCAUUUGAAAUUUUUUUAUUCAAUUGAAAAAGAUCUUUUAAUUUCAGCUCUGUCUUUUAUUCUGCAGGUAUAUUAUUCUGCAUGGUUUUAAAAAGUAAAACAUUUACAAUAGCGUCAAUAAGCAACUUAGAAAAAAAUAAGAUUUUUGCAUUUCUAAAAUUGUAACUCAAAGUGCAAAAGCUGGCGUCCUUGGCACAUCACGCCUGAGUGGGUCAGGUAGUAGCAGAGCAGUGGUGGCUGAGCGCUCUGCGCUCAGGUGUCCUGAGGGCGUGGGUGUCCCCACAUCCCCCCACAUUCGUGGUGCCGCAGGUGUUGGAGCGUAUUGUUCCAUGAGUCUUUUGGAAGGGAUUUUCUUUUUUACACCGAGGUUCUUCUGAGAAGAACAGCAUCUCUUUUCCUCUGAGAGUUUGACAAGUUGUGCCCACAACAGCCCUGUGCUUGGGUGGCUGCACCAAAGCUGGGGAGGGCCUCAAGGCCACCAUGGAUAGAAUGUGGCCAUUUUGCAGGGGCGGUCUCCACACAAGGGAGGGAUGUCACCAAGCAGGGGACAGAGUCUGAACUCAGAUUGGCUCCUGUGUGCAUGCCUGAGCCUUCGUGUGCACAUGUAAACAUCCUCAUGUGACACAGCCUCCCAGGAGGCCUCACAGCCUCCACACUGCUCCCCAGCAGGGGGCAGGCAGUUGUGACUCCAUCGCACUUUGAUUCGUCUCUACACCGUUUCCUGGGAAUCCCAAGCACAGAGCCCCACGUGGGCACUGGCUCCUGGGUCCUGCUAUAAAGCUACCUCGAGCGUGUGGGUGUCAGCAGCCUGCGAGCAGGCAUGUGAGGGUGCCAGAGCCUCCCUCCCGGCCAUGCGGGGACACUCUUGCUGGACUCCAUCUGAACUCUCAUGACUUCCUCACCCAGAGUUCCCCCCGCUUGUCGCUGGAACCAGAAUGAAUGCAAAGAGAAGCAGGUGUCUGUUGGGGCAGGAGGCCUGGUUUUUCUGGUUUCAGCAAAUAAGCAAACGAUGGGCUUCAGGAAAGUGCAGCCAUCAAACACUGCAGCCGUUUGGAAAUGUUUUUCAAACCACAGACUCUAUUAAAAACUGAGUGGUCGCUGCUCUUCUUCAGAACGGUCAGUCUAAGCUCACUGAGAUCAGAAGGAUGAAGUGAGACCUUGUGAUAGUGUCGCGGUCUACAGUUGGUGUUUCCUAAGUGAAGUCCUUUCAGACGCAUGGGAACCAUGCUGCAAUGCGACCAUUCUAGGGCAGAUACAUGCAUGUAUAUAUCUCAAGAUGAAACUAAGCAGUUUCUCAAUAAAUACUUGAAUGUUCUGUGUGCUCGGGCGUGGCUGUGUUCGCCGUCCUCGCAGGCCCUGGUCUUGCUGUGCCUCCUGCGCUGGUGACACUUCAUCGGUUGUGUGUGUUGUGCCCGGGGCCUAAGGGUGCACUCCACUCGCCACACCCCCCUGGGAUCCCAGGUCUGCAGGGGACAGCCCCAGACACUGAUGGCCUUGUGAAUCUGGUGCUUCCCACCACCGAGCACCACCUCCGCCCUGCAAAACCCCACCCAGCCCACAGUGUUUGAUCGGCUGGGGGCUCUGUCCCUUCCCUCAGGCGACAGGUGACCCUGGCUGUCUCAGCCUGUAUCCGUAGCAGGUCACUUCUAUGCUUUGAGUGUAGCUCCUCCCCCCAGAGACCUCUGCCCUGGUCACCCGGAUCACGGCCUUCCUUUCAGCUGGCUGUCCUGCUUCUCCACCUGGCAACUAGGUAGACGAGGCCAGCGCACAGAGAACGCUGUGGGGCAUGGGGACCAGCCCAAACCAAGCAAGGAGGUGCACACACUGCCAGGGUGUCCACCCCCAGGAACGGACCAAGAGCGGGCUUUCAAGAGGAAGCAGACAUACGGGCCCACCACCUGCAAUGUCCUAGCCCUGGAGUUGUUGGCCUGCCCACCGCCAUGACACGAACCAACAAAAGACAGCUUGUGUUUGCCACUGUCAUUAACCGGCUGGAAAACAAGCCAGCCGAGCGCGUGGCCACUGUUUGAGCAUCGGCGUCAUAGUGGCUGCAAAGUUAGAAGCCUUCAGCGUUUGCCCCUUGGCCUGAGGUCCUGGGGUCUGGAGUGGUUUCUGGGCUGCCCUCCUGGGAGCACAGAGGUCAACACAGGCCUGAGCUCUGGGUGCGGGGAAGACCUGCUCCGGCCCCUUCUGUGCGGUGAGAUUACUCCAGAACUGCGCUAACUGAAAACUGCCAGUGCCACCACCUGUGUCAGAGAGAAGCGCAAGAGGAAGGCUGGCCGUCGGCAGGGUGUGGCCCGCCUCAGCUUGCUGCGCUAGCAUAAAGGUUUCUGUUUACUGACUUGGCGCCUCAGACACAGCACCAAGGGGUGGUGGGAACGCCAAGUGCCCCCAAGCAACUCAUCUGCACCCGUGAACUUGAGAGGAAAGCCACUGUGUCUGGUGCCUGGACCCAGGACCCUAUGGGACCAUGCACCUACCAACUUGUGGCCAGGGCUGAGGACACAAAAUGUCGUUGGCUUUGUUGCACCAGGGUUGGGCUGGGGAGGUCCCUCAGCUGUGGUGUCUCUGCCCAUCUGCUGGUCGGAUGUCACGUAAUACAUGUGGACUAAAUGUCAAAACCAGAGGCAUUGCUCUCAUUUGGUCUUUGCUCCUCACAAAAGUCACCUGAGUAAAGAACCUAAUUUUGAAGAGAUCCCCUGCACAGGAACAUGGCAGCACCCAUAGCCAGCCUCUCCAGCUUCUCCUGGUCUCUUAGCACACUGGCGUGCCCUCCCUCAUGGCUGGAGAGCCGGCCUAAGGCAGGGUCUUAGCAACCAAGCUGUAUUGAAGGGGCCCCAAGACCCGGUCACCUCCCCCAGGGGAGGCAGGCUAGCUGAGCCCUCGGUCACGGGCAUCCUGCCAUGCUCAGGGCGUGGGGAGGGCGGGUCUGAGGGAAACCACAGCCACAGCCUGUGGAGGUCCAGGGGUGAGGGGGGCAGGUAGUAUUUAAAGGGCCUGGGGAUUGCAGCUGUUCCCUCCCAUGGCCAGUGGUCUGUGCAGAAGCCGCAGUGACCACAGUCCUGAAGGCCAAGUUUGUGGAACACAUCAAGCACUACUGUUGGGCGCUGGGUACUAACUGGCCUCAGGAGGACACACCAAGACAUCACCAAGCUGCCUUCUUCCACUGGACCCUCUGCCCCUCUUUAGCCACGAAAAUUCAGUGAGCAAGUCACACCGCUGCUGAUCCCUCUGGCAGCUGCCCCAGAGCAGGUGACCCUGCUUCUAAGACUUGCUGUCUGCCUGCAUCCGAGAGGCCUGGGGACUGCCCACCACCACCCAGACAUCAACUGGACCGGCCCAAGGAGCCCUGUCACCUCAAAAAAGCAUGCCACCCUGCAGAAGCCCCAGCCUGACAUGGCUUAGGCCAAGUGCCCUCCUGGUGGCUUCUGCUGUCCCCCUGGAGCUGCUGCAGACUCAUACUGCACUUGGUAGCAGGAUGGCCCCUUUGUUAGAAAUGCCUCUGUAACAGAAAAGCUCCCCAGACUCCUGGGGGAAAAACUACUUAGUUCCUUUGUGGACUUGGCCACAGGGCCACUUUGAUCAACUUAAUUAAGUUGGAGACUAAUAAAGAGCUCUUGCUGA